AUGGUAAUUGCAAAUAUUUACGAGGACACAAUAACAAAUAGAAAAUAAAAGGACAAACUUAAUGAAAUAGAUUUUUCUUACUUGACUUUUUUGUCUACAUUUGAUAAUAAUCAGUGCACUGCCUAUCUAAAGAUAUUUAAUGUCAAGACAAAUAAAAGGCUUUUAUUAGGAAUCAAAGACAAACAAAAGCUUGAAACGAUCUUUAAAAAAGCUGAAAGUAAAAAUAAUGAUGUAAAUAGAUUUGCAGGUAGAAGAAAUUAAUUUAAAUUGUAUAAUUUAUUGCAAUUUGAAGAAGAUAUCAAUAAGAUUUAAUUACUUUAUAGUGAAUGCUUGAAUUUAUACUCAGCGGUAAUUAAAAUGCUUAUGAAGAAUUUCAUCAAAAUUAAUGAAAUGUUUACACUGCUAAAAUAAUAUAUGGACUCAAGGACCAAAUUAGAGACAAAGAUCUAAUUAUAAUUAAAACAGAAUCACAAAAGCGAGGCUCUUAAAAAUAUUUGCAUUAAUUUUGAUUUUUAUUUGCUCUAUAAGUAGAAUUUAAUUAAUUCCUACUAAAAAUCAAACAGAUCUUCUUCAUAGUAUUUAGCAAGAUAAGAAUACUAUCAUAAAUCAAGCUGUUUUGCAUUCGUUUCCCUUUUAGAUUAAUCUUUUGGCGCUAUUAAAAAGGUUAAUACCUCGUUUGUCAAAACUUUUGGAUAUCUAAAUAAGUAGCAAAUUUAAGAUAAAUCUAUUUUUUAGGUACUUCCUUCAAGUAAUUAUUAAAGAGAUUAGCAAUUAAUUUUACAAUAAUUACUAUUACCAACUUACAGCGAUAUUUAGACUUUGCCUCUCUUUUUAGCAAAACACUAAGCUGGAUAUUGUGUGCCAAUUUAACUGCAAAUUCAAAGCUAAAUCUUAGACUCGUAAGAUUUUGGUUUCACUUUAUGGGCAAAGCCUAUCUAUGAAGAAACUAUAUACUUAUUAUUAGAUAACUAAAAUCCUAAUCUGAUUAAACUUGCCAACAAAUUAUUUUACAAAAAAUAUUUAAAAGAAAAAGUAUAUCACUCAUAAAUACAAUUAAUUAAAACAGAGAGCAUAAUACCAAUAAUUCAUUAUUUGAUUUAAAUUUCUCGAAAGGAAAAGAACAAAUAAUUUUAAACUGUUUUCGUAUCACCGAAUUAAGAUUUCUUAAAGGAAAAAUCUUUGGAGGAUUGGAAUUUCUUAAACUAUUUGAAGCAUGCUUAAAUAUUUAGUGCUACAGUAUCUCUUCACUUUUAAAAUGAAUUGAGCUAAUUUUAAUCAGGUAUUUACUUAGCCAUAGAAAAUAUAUAGCCUCUUAACUCAUUAAAAGAAAAGUUUGAUUUAUUAAAAUUCUACUAAUAACAAAUAAAGGAAAUAUGCAAUAUUUCUUUGGAAUUAGAGUUAGAUUGUUUAGAAUACAAUUAAAUUGGUUUGACAAAUUUUAAUUUCAGCGAUCAUUAUGAUGAUAAUACAUUGCAAACUAGAAGUUAAAUUUAGCUUUCAAAGUAUAAUAGCCUUUAAAAUGAGAAAUUUCCUUAUACAAAUUAAUUAACCAGCUCAACUACGAACUACAAUUCUUUAUAUAAAUCGAACGGAAUACUAAUUAAGCAAAUCAUAGACUCAGAUAUGACAAGAAAUAAAGCAAUAAUUACCGCUGUAUCUCCUAGAUAUAAUUUUGAGUGCAUGCCGAUGACUCCAGCUGCUAGCUAAACUCAUUAGCUGAAUAUUUAAGUUGAUGAAUCGUUUGACGAAUGCUAAAAUAUAAAUAAAGAGAAUAAUAUAAAUUACUUCCAUGAAUAAUAAGCAAAUUAGAGUAACAAUAACUUAGAAUCACCUACAAUUAUCCUUAGUCACAAUAAAAAUCAAAGACAUCAUCAGAUAGAAUAAAUAAACUAAUUUCACUUUAAUUACGAUGUUGACCUGUAAAAAUUAAAUUAGGAUUAAGAAAAUAAAAGCAGAAAUUUAAAUUUAAAUAAUUUAAAUUAUUAUCUUUCAAAACAAUAGAGUGAAGAACCUUUACCUAACAGUAAAUGUGAAUUAGUUUUGUCAACUACUCCCACAAAAGCAUAAACCAAGAGUUAAUUUAAAUUCAAAAAAAGUAAUUUAAAGCACAAAAACUUCUAAGAAAACAUCCUUCAGUAAAAUUUAGACAUUUAAUCUAUCUCCUCAUCAUCAAAAAGCUCAUUUUAAACUAUGUAAGUUUUUGAAAAUAUCCACAAAAGAAAGCAGAUGAAAUAUCUGAAAGUAAUUAAUAUCUUGGGAAUAGCUUCUAUUUUAGUCACUCUUUCUAUGAAUCUGCUGGGAUUCUUUACUUUUAUUGAGAACUUAAUUUAUCAAAGAGAAAAUUUCAAAUACAUAAAUUGGAUUUAUAUGAUAAAUGUUUAGAUUAGUUAUUCCCUUUCUGAACGCAAUAUAAUUCUAUUAAAUUAAAACAAUUUUUUGUCAACUACUUCUUCUCAACACUAGCAAUUUAUGGAUCUUCUAAAUGAAUAAAACCAGUCAAGAAUUAAUCUUAGUAAAGAUUAUAUGAAACAAUUAUUUAAUAACACUAAUAAUGAGAUUGAGGUCUUUAAUAUAAUUUAAAAAGGUUCAAUUAUUUAAGAUAUUUAUCAAAACACUCAAAUAGCAAAAUAAAAAGAUUUGCCUAUGAUUUAUUCAAUUCUAUUGUAAAUAUAUGGGAUUUAUUACUUUGUUUCUAAUAAAGAUCCUGAAGGAAUAAUCAAAAAAUAAAAUGAGAUGAACUACCCAGAUUUAAAUGAACAAGUUCAAUCUAUUUUUUCUCAAAUGAAUGAAGAAUAUUAAAAUUAGCUCUCAGAAAUUCAUAGCUUAAGCAUCAUUUAUUUAUAUGUGAUUACUUUUAUGACUUUGGCUUUUUUAAUUAGUAUCAUUCCAAGUUACAUUUUUGCUAAAAAAAAAUAGCAACAAAUUCUAAAACUUUUUGCAACUUUUGAUAAAAAAUAGUUGAAAGAAAUUUUAGAUAAAUUAGCAAAUUAAAUUAGCUAAUUUUCAAUUAAUUAAAAGUAGAAUUUUUCUAAAUUUGACUCAAAAUUUUCUAAUAUUUUGAAUUAAACUGAAACAUACGAAGAAAAAAAAUUCAAUAUCAGCAAGACUUAAUCGUUGAAAUACUCUUUGAAAAAGUUACUACUUGGUUUGACUGCAAUAUUUUGCUUAUGUAUUAUACAUCCGAUAUUAAAUUAUUUUAUUGAAGAGAAAUUUAUUGACAAUUCGAGAGCCAUUUUCAAUUUUAAUAAUAUUGCUUGCGUUUCUUAUUUUACUGUAUUAAAUUCUUUAAGAGUGAGAUAGGGUCUUGCCAUGGCGUUCCUCAUGCCUGAAAAAUAAGCAUUUUCAAUAUCUUAAUACCAAAAAAUUAUAAAUUAAGUCACAGAUUAGAUGAAUCAAUUACCUAAUUUAAUAAAAAAAAAUUUAGAAAAUGUAAAUUCAAAAUAAUAGCACAACUAAGAAAUUUUUGAAGAUUUCUUAAUUAACCUUUUUACUCAAAAUACUUGCGACACUAUUUAAAAAUACAGUUAGUAUCAAAAUGGAGAUUUUCUAUACAAUGAAUGCAACACAGUUGGAAAGGGAGCUUUUUAGCAAGGUCUUAUUAAUGGUUUAGUUUACUUUAUAGGAGUAUACAGAGAUUAUUUAUCUUUUGCUUUUAGCUAAAACGCCGAAAGCUUUUAACAAGGCUUUAAUAACUAUAAUAAAAAUAUCCCUGCCAUAAAUUUAAAAUAAAUUGGUGAUGAAGAUGCAUCAGGCUUAGGUUCUACUUUAGCAAAGUGCAUUAAUCUCUCAAAUUUGACACUUAACCUUUUUUAGAAUAAAAUUGGUGAUGAAGGUGCAUCAGGCUUAGGUUUUGCUUUAGAAAAGUGCAUUAAUCUCUCAAAUUUGACACUUAACCUUAGUUACUGUAAAAUUGGUGUAAUGGGUGCAUCAGGCUUAAGUUCUGGUUUAGCAAAGUGCAUUAAUCUCUCAAAUUUGAUACUUGAGUUAGAUGGAAAUGAAAUUGGUGAUGGAGGUGUAUCAGGUUUAGGUUCUGCUUUAGAAAAGUGCAUUAAUCUCUCAAAUUUGACACUUAACCUUAAUGGUAAUGAAAUUGGUGACGAAGGUGCAUCAGGCUUAGGUUGUGCUUUAGCAAAGUGCAUUAAUCUCUCAAAUUUGAGUCUUUAACUUUUUGGCAAUAAAAUUAGUGCAAUGGGUGCAUCAGGCUUAGGUUCUGGUUUAGCAAAGUGCAUUAAUCUCUCAAAUUUGACACUUAACCUUCGUGGCAAUAAAAUUAGUGCAAUGGGUGCAUCAGGCUUAGGUUCUGGUUUAGAAAAGUGCAUUAAUCUCUCAAAUUUGACACUUAACCUUCGUGGCAAUAAAAUUGGUGCAAUGGGUGCAUCAGGCUUAGGUUCUGGUUUAGCAAAGUGCAUUAAACUCUCAAAUUUUACACUAUAACUUAAUGAAAACUAAAUUGGUAUUGGAGGUGCAUUAGACUUAGUUUCUGGUUUAGAAAAGUGCAUUAAUCUCUCAAAUUUGACACUUAACCUUGAUGGCUUUUAAAUUGGUGAUCAAGGUGCAUCAGGCUUAGGUUCUGCUUUAGCAAAGUGCAUUAAUCUCUCAAAUUUGACACUUAACCUUGGUGGAAACUAUAUUGGUGAUGAAGGUGCAUCAGGCUUAGGUUCUGGUUUAGCAAAGUGCAUUAAUCUCUCAAAUUUGAUACUUGAGCUUGAUGGCUAUUAAAUUGGUGAUAAAGGUGCAUCAGGCUUAGGUUCUGCUUUAGGAAAGUGCAGUAAUCUCUCAAAUUUGACACUUAAAUUUAGUUUGAAUGAAAUAGACUAUGAAGAUGCAUCAUGCUUAGGUUCUGGUUUAGCAAAGUGCAUUAAUCUCUCAAAUUUGACACUUAAUCUUCGUUACAAUAAAAUUGGUGCAAUGGGUGCAUCAGGCUUAGGUUCUGGUUUAGCAAAGUGCAUUAAUCUCUCAAAUUUGACACUUGAUCUUCGUAAUAAUGAAAUUGGUGAUGAAGGUGCAUCAGACUUAGGUUGUGCUUUAACAAAGUGCAUUAAUCUAUCAAAUUUGACAAUUAAACUUCGUUACAACAAAAUUGGUGCAAUGGGUGUAUCAGGCUUAGGUUCUGGUUUAGCAAAGUGCAUUAAUCUCUCAAAUUUGACACUUAACCUUCGCCCUUCUGAAAUUGGUGAUGAAGGUGCAUCAAUCUUAGGUUCUGUUUUAGAAAAGUGCAUUAAUCUCUCAAAUUUGACAUUUAACCUUAAUAACAAUAAAAUUGGUGCAAUGGGUGCAUCAGGCUUAGGUUCUGGUUUAGCAAAGUGCAUUAAUCUCUCAAAUUUGACACUUGACUUUCGUGAUAAUGAAAUUGGUGAAGAAGGUGCAUCAGGCUUAGGUUCUGCUUUAGCAAAGUGCAUUAAUCUCUCAAAUUCGACACUUAAACUUCCUUUCAAUUAAAUUGGUGCAAUGGGUGCAUCAGGCUUAGGUUCUGGUUUAGCAAAUUGCAUUAAUAUCUCAUAUUUGACACUUGAUCUUCAUGGAAAUGAAAUUGGUGAAGAAGGUUCAUCAGGCUUAGGUUUUGGUUUAGCAAAGUGCAUUAAACUCUCAAAUUUGACACUUUCACUUUAUGAAAAUUAAAUUGGUGAUCAAGGUUUAUCAAGCUUAGGUUCUGGUUUAGCAAAGUGCAUUAAACUUUCAAAUUUGACACUUAACCUUGAUGCAAAUUAAAUUGGUGCAAUGGGUGCAUCAGGCUUAGGUUCUUGUUUAGCAAAGUGCAUUAAUCUCUCAAAUUUGACACUUGACCUUGAUGAAAACUAAAUUGGUGAUGAAGGUGCAUUAGGCUUAGGUUUUGGUUUAGCAAAUUGCAUUAAUCUCUCAAAUUUGACACUUUUACUUAUUCACAAUAAAAUUGGUGCAAUGGGUGCAUUAGGCUUAGGUUCUAGUUUAGCAAAGUGCAUUAAUCUCUCAAAUUUGAAACUUAAACUUAAAUACAAUAUAAUUGGUGAUGAAGGUGCAUCAGGUUUAAUUUUUGGUUUAGCAAAGUGCAUUAAUCUCACAAAUUUGGCACUUAACCUUUGUGAAAACUAAAUUAGUGAUGAAGGUGCAUCAUGCUAUGGUUCUGGUUUAGCAAAGUGCAUUACUCUCUAAUAUUUGACACUUAACCUUGAGUAAAAACAGUUUAUUUGUUUUGGAUUGUGA